AAAAAAUUCUGUAAAUUUCCUUAUGUAAAAUUAAAAUGUUUAAAUACUGUUAUUUUAGUGGAAAAAAUGGUUCGUCGAUGGGCACCACUUGUUUGGUUAGCACCCGACGAAAAAUUCAUGCCAGCGUCUGUUACGGACUUUCUGAGUCACGUGACACCCAAACCAAAAUCGUCUAUAGAUCUAAUGAACUCAAAACUUCCAAUGGGUCUCAAUUCUCAGACAUGGUAUUUGGUGACCAAGACCGAAGUCGAAAAUUUGCUACAAAACAAUACAUCAGUACUAUAUGGACAAAACCCAAAUACAGCAAUGGUACCUGUAUAUGCAAGAGUCACAGAAUGCGGCCACAAGAAAUUCCACGUAUCUUACUGGCUCUUCUUUCCGUUUAGUCAAGGCA